CAGUCGUAGUGGGAAUCGGGACUUUGAAGCUCCGCUCUGAAUGUUGCAAGUUGCUGCUCGCUGGUGCCAACGCCCGGCGAAAGACAUAGCUAACGUUAACUAGAGGAGAUACGGAGGGACAUUGCCAGCGGUAUUGCCAGCAGAAUCAGAAAGCACAAAGAUGCAGACUAUCAAAUGUGUGGUGGUGGGUGAUGGAGCAGUGGGAAAAACCUGCCUAUUGAUCUCAUACACCACCAACAAAUUCCCCUCUGAAUAUGUACCAACAGUUUUUGACAACUAUGCAGUAACUGUAAUGAUUGGGGGUGAACCAUACACCCUUGGCUUAUUUGAUACAGCAGGUCAGGAGGAUUAUGACCGGUUACGACCACUAAGCUACCCACAGACAGAUGUCUUCUUAGUUUGUUUCUCAGUUGUUUCACCUUCCUCAUUUGAGAAUGUUAAAGAAAAGUGGGUUCCUGAAAUAACUCACCACUGUCCCAAGACUCCAUUCCUGUUGGUAGGCACUCAGAUCGACCUGCGUGAUGACCCCUCCACAGUGGAGAAGCUAGCUAAGAACAAACAGAAGCCCAUCACCCCCGAGACAGCAGAAAAACUUGCUCGCGACCUUAAGGCAGUCAAGUAUGUUGAGUGCUCAGCCCUAACACAGCGGGGACUGAAGAACGUAUUUGAUGAGGCUAUCUUAGCCGCUUUAGAGCCCCCUGAAACUCAAAGAAAGAGAAAAUGCUGUUUGUUCUGAUGUCUUCUUGCAUCUUGCUUUGCCUCUCGAUCGUCUGCUGCUUACUCAUUGUAAAGAAAUGUCUGUCACUAAAAUAACCACAACGCUCUUUUAAACUUUAAAACUUUGUGCCCAUUAACUUUUUUUCCUUCUGUUCAUGUGUGCUUUCUUUUCAACUUGGCCUAAUCACAAUUAUCCAUGCUGCCUGAUAUGACAAGAGUGCCAAUCUUUAAUUCUUCCUUCUGCUGUCAGCAACUUGUGUGCAAGUCUGUGUAACUGUACAUGACUGAGUUUGUUUUUGUUUUUUAAAUUGACAUUCUGUUAUUAUCUCAGUAUUGAGCUCUUCAGCAUCAGCUGUAACCUACAAAGAAUAUUUAUGCUACAUUCUGUCUUAGACAGUAAUAACAUUUUUUUCUACUGCAGCAUCAAACAUUUCCAUGGGCUUUUUGUCUUUACUCAGACAAGUUGAUCAUGAGGAGAGUCUUGUAUAAUGUUAUUUGAAUAAAGGAAAAAUUUUGAUCGCCCUGCUCCAUUUCUACUCAGCCUUUUUUUUUUUUUUUGCAAUUAGUUCUUUGAAAAUGUUAAUUUGUAUUUGGAACACAGCCCUGUUUUGAAUAUUAAUAUUUUAUUUCCACAGAAAGGAUUAAAGAAUGUGUUUGAUGAGGCAAUACUGGCUGCCCUGGAGCCUCCUGAACCUAAGAAAAGGCGUAAAUGUGUUCUGCUCUAAGUUUCGUCGCAGCCUUCUCCACAACAGUUUCCAUAUCUAGGUUAACAGUACUGAAGAGGUUUGCUGCUCAAGCACAUUCCAACAUAAGUUGAAGUAUCAUGAAAUAUUUGCCUUCUGACUGACUUAACCUGAAUACAUAUCCAAUGUGUUGAAUGCAAUUUUAAGAUUGAGCAACAUUUGAUGCCGUUUGUGAUGAUUGGAUGCAAUUGAAAUCGUCUUACAUGACGUGAACGCUCGACUUAAUACAUCAACAGACUGUAGGUGAAAUUGUUGGAUGACGUUGCAGUUUUUACCACAUUAUGUUUAGAGUUCAUUGUGCACAAGUGUUCCAGAAUAACGGACUAUGAAGUGAUAUGUUAAUUAAUAGAACUGUUUAAUCGACUGCCUUGUGAAACAUCAACAAGCUGAAAAUGAUGAGUUAGUGAGAUGCUCAAAUUAUGUGUUAUGUCCUAAAUAUGUUUUUUUUUUUUUUUUUUUUUUUUACUUUUCAUGUAAUUACCUUAAGUUUAUCAUUUGUAUCAUCUAUAUGUUCAACCCCGGAGCACAAAACUGCAUUUGGUUGACACUGUGUCAUUCUUCCAUUACUGGUGGAGUGUCUAGCUAUAUCAAUCCUGCUUAAGUCAUAGAACUCAAAUAUUUUCUUUUCCAGACAUACUUUUCCGAUAGAAGCUAGCUGUAUUUUUACAUUAUUUCCUUUUCAAUGUUAACAUAGCCUCCGGGCAGAUCCAAGUAAUAUUUGACAUAAAAUGACAUUUCUAGGCUAUGAUCCACCAUAGUUCUAGUUUGCCAAAAGAAGACUUCAAUAAAUUGACAUUUGUCAGAGUAGAGCUCCACAGAAGCCGACGCAGUAGUGGGAAUUUGAGUUUUAAGUACAAUGUUUACACUCCUUUUGGAAGUCGCGUAUCAGAAAUAGUCAUUGUCAAUUUAAGUAACGACACGUGAGGAGUUGGAGCACAAAAGUUUGCCAGUCAUUAAUUUUGUUACAUAAGUGAGGUCACAAGAAGGUGAUGAAUGCGUAUCAAAAGUUGCAAUGUUUAAACUUUGUAGGAGUGUUUCAGCUGAUAACCCCAGGUUAAUAAACUGAAUUUUGUAAACUGAAGAUACUUGCUGCUACGCUGCAGCAUCAUGAAGUCAUUGUGACGGUUCCUAGAAUACAUUGUUUGAGACCCUGUGAAUAUUUCUGAGUGACUGAACUAGCACUAUUUGCAUUUGUCUUUUGCUAUGUCCAUGCCUGAAUGAUGGGCUUGAAUUUAUAAAUACAGUGAAAAUAACUCAUAACUUAUUGACUGAAUACAAUGUGUGCAUUACUGAUACUGCGAUGCAGAGAUCCCAGAUGAAACUGAAAGUAACCAGGAAAAUGUUAAGAAAAUUAGUUUCUUUUAUUCAAUUUGACAUCAAAUUUGUACUGUAUCUUGCAUCACAAUGUAACCAGUAUUAACACGAAUAAACCUAAUUUCAAAUACUA